GGUAGUCCGUAGAGAGCUAUAAAAAAAAUAUGACAAAACCCAAUUUAUUUAUAUGAAUAAAACAUAGGAGUUCACCGCCAACUCACUCAAAUGGACUCUUUAAUUUCAAUUUCAUUUCCCAAAUCCCAAAUAAACCCUUCAAAACCCCACAAAUCCCCAAUCACUCCCUUCCUCUUCUUAUUCCUCCUCCUCACUACCACCACCACCGCCGCCGCCGCUUUGAGACCAAGCCGAAAUCCGAAACCCAAAAUCCCCUACGCCCAGUACUGCAACGACGUCGUUCCCAAGCCCACUUUAUCCUCCCACUCCCACAACUUCUCCACCUCCCACUCCGAUUUCCUCCCCUUCCGAUUCGGAUAUUUCUCCGGGGGCGGCGACCGAAUUUUCAACCGAACCGGAUCCGAUACCCCGAAAUCUCUCUCCCUCAGCUCGUUAUAUUCCCAAAAGACCGCUUCUGAUGGCGUUUUCAAGGUCAGAGCAUCGCUGUAUAUCCGAAACCCGGUCGUGUACUCUGUUUCCGGCAGGCCGAAAUAUCGGAGCUUGCUACGUAUUAGGUAUCGGGGACCGAGAGUGUUCGGUCGGUUUGACGAUGUGGUUUUUUCGCUUAAAGGGUAUUGGUCAGAAUCUACUGGAAAGCUCUGUAUGGUUGGAUCGGGGUCGAGGUACGUUGAUUUGAAGCAUUUUGAAGUUGUUCUUAAGCUUAACUAUCCUAAGAAUUCUAGUAUUUAUGGUAGUUUAAUUGGUGGUACAUUAGAGAGUUUGAAUGUUAAGGAGGGUGAUUCUAAAUCUGAUUACUUUGAACCAAUUAAGAUAUUGGGUUUGUCUCAGAAUCCCAAUUAUGAAUAUUCAUUGGUUGAAAAAUUGAAUGGGAGUGAUUGUUUGAGUGGAAAUGGUGGGAGAGAUAGUAAUACCAACAAUACUAACACUAAUAUUAAUUUGUCUCUAAGCAAAUUGGACGGUGGUGUUUGUUUCGUGCUCAAUGGACGGACUAGUGUUUAUGAAUUGGAAUAUGGGAGUGAUUGUGGUAAUGUGAAUUGCAACCCUUUUGGUGGGAGUAUUGGGUAUUUGCCUGAUAGGAUUGUUUAUCAGGGGCUUCGGUGUGAGCAGCGCAGAAAGAUGCAGAUGUUGUUGGGUUUUCCUAACUCUAGUUAUAGUGGUAGUGGUACUCAAUUUCAUUUUGAUCCUAAUGCGACUUUGAUUGCUGAGGGCGCUUGGGAUGAUACAGAGAAUCGGUUUUGUGGUGUUGCGUGCAGAAUUUUGAAUGUUUCGGAGUCUUGGUCUAAUGCUUUUGUUGGAGAUUGCUCGAUUGGUUUUACUUUGAGAUUUCCUGCAGUUAUGUCAUUAAGGAAUCAGAGUAGUGUUGUGGGGGAAAUUUGGAGCAAGAAGGAUGUGAAUGAUUCAGGUUACUUUGGGAAAAUUGGGUUUCAGAGUUAUUGGGAAAGAUCGAUUGACCCCCAAGGUCUUAAAUAUGAGUAUACUGAGAUUGAGUCUGUAAGAAAGUUUUGUGCACAAGGGAAGACUGUUAGGGGCAAGGGAAAGUCAUAUCCCGAUGGGUAUUCACCCGACAUGAGAUUUGAUAUGUCAGUGAGAAACAAUGAUGGAAAAGUAGCACAAGGUUACUCAUCCCCGCUAUUUGUGGGAGAUUCACUUUAUGCACGACAGUAUUAUGGGCGGCCACUUGUGCUGGCAGUGCCGAGAAUGACAGAGCCUGCUGCAGUUCACCUGACAAGCAACCAUAGCAGAAUGCUGAAUAUAAGUUACAAGAUGAGCUUCAGACCUCCACCUGAUUUUAGAUUUGGUGGUGAUGCUUCAUCCAAAGUUCUUAUUUCUGCUGAAGGAAUAUAUGAUAGAGAUACUGGUUUCCUGUGCAUGAUAGGAUGUUGGCAUCUUCAACCAAACAAUCAAAAUUUGAUUAAAAAUGGUUCAUUGGACUGUGAAAUAAGGAUUAAUGUUCAAUUUCCUCCGUUUAAUGCAGAGCAUGGUGAAAUUGUCAAGGGAACUAUUGAAAGCACACGAGCAAAGUCAGAUCCUCUUUACUUUGAAAGUCUUCAAUUGUCUUCAAAUUCGAUAACCACUACCCAAGCUAAAGAAUCCAUUUGGAGAAUGGACCUCGAGAUUACCAUGGUUUUGAUAUCUAAUACUCUGGCAUGUGUUUUUGUUGGCUUGCAGCUUUUUUACGUGAAAAAGCAGCCACAUGUUCUUCCCUUCAUUUCCAUUGUGAUGCUCAUUGUUCUUACACUGGGACACAUGAUACCCCUGCUGUUGAACUUUGAAGCCUUGUUUGUGGCUAACCAUAACCCAACAAAUUUUUUUCUUGGGAGUGGUGGAUGGCUUGAAGUGAAUGAAGUAAUAGUAAGGGUGAUAACAAUGGUAGCUUUCCUUUUGCAGUUACGUCUUCUCCAACUGACUUGGUCUGCAAGAAAAGGCGAUGGAAGCCAGAAGGGGUGGUGGGAUUCUGAUAGAAAGGUUCUAUAUGUGACUUUACCAAUAUAUAUAGCUGGUGGUUUUUUUGCUUGGUUUGUGCACCAAUGGAAGAAUUCUUACCAGAGGCCAUUAGGGUCAUUUCAAGAACCACGACUCCAGGGUUAUCAUCUGCAUGCUCUCCAGCUGCUAUCCUACCAGCAGCAUUCUUUCUGGGAGGACCUCAAAUCUUAUGCUGGUUUGCUCUUAAAUGGUUUUCUACUCCCACAAAUAUUGUUCAACCUAUUCUUUAACUCAGGUGAAAAGGCUCUUGCCUCUUCCUUUUAUGUUGGAACCACCAUUGUUCGGCUAAUGCCCCAUGCUUAUGAUCUUUACAGGGCUCACAGUUCUACAUGGUACCUUGAUUUAUCAUACAUUUAUGCAAACCAUAGAAUGGAUUUUUAUUCCACUGCAUGGGACAUCAUCAUCCCUUGUGGUGGUCUGCUAUUUGCUGUGCUCAUGUUCUUGCAGCAACAAUUUGGGGGCCGUUGCAUUCUUCCCAAGAGGUUUAGAGAGAGCUCUGUUUACGAGAAAUUACCUGUAAUUAGCAAUGACGAAUUGUAAGGGAAGUUAUUCAAUUAAUACUUUUACAAGAUUUGUGAA